AUGACCACCCUCUCCGACCCCAAAAACUCCACGCGCCCAACCCCCGGCAUCGCCGUCGCAGACGCAGUCUUCCAAAUCGGCAGCUCCAUCUUCAUCGCAGCACCAUCCACACGAGUCUGGGAAGUCCUUACCGACACAUCAACAUGGCCAGAAUGGAACACAUUCAUCCCGCGCGCAACUAUUCGCGAGCAAGCAGACAGCCAAGACUCUGACCCAGCCAAUCUCUCUCCACUCCUUCGCAAGGGCACGAGAGUUACCUUCCACGUCCGCAUGGAUCCUGAAUCGACGAAGCCUCAGGCUGCGCGUGACGUGUACCUCCUCAUCACUGAGUAUACUGCGCCAGAUCCGGAGACCAAGACACCGGGCCGAAUUGUGUGGGUUGUGGAUCGUGAUGCGCCGGGGGCGAUGUCUCCUUCUUUGUUGAAUGCGGAGCGGGUACAUGAGAUUACUGAUGUGGAGAUUGGGGAGGGUGAGAAUGUUAUUAAGGGGACUGAGGUGCGGAAUUGGGAGUUGCAGGCUGGGUGGAUGGUUUAUGCUGUUAAGUGGAUGUUUGGGGCGAAGUUGCAGCAUAACUUUGAGCUUUGGGUUAGUGAUUUGAAGAAAUUUAUUGAGGGGAAUGAGAGUGGUACGAAUUAG